GCCCACAAUGGGCUUCUCUCAAUAACUCACGUUAAUAGCUCGUUAAACAUUAUCACAGAUUGCAAACGUCAGAAUAUUAUUUUGGCACUGUGCAAACAACAGAAGAGUGAAGAUAUGCCAACAGUUCUAUAUCGAUAGCGCAUCUAAACACCAGGCCAUGACGCGUGAGCGAUGAAGGGCACAAAGGAAAAGUUCUCGGUGGCGAUUUUGCUGGUAUUAUCGCUAUCAGGAAUAGCGAGGGCAGAGCUGUCUGCGAGUACCGAGCGGUCAUCGGAAGAUCACCAGUUGAGGCUCAUCCGGGACAUCACAAAAGAAUACGAGCUGAACAAAGAGAUUCUUCCCAUUAAAAACCACAGCCAACCCAUCAAGGUUAUCUUUGAUAUCGCCUUUGCUCAGCUUGUCGAACUGGACAGCAAAAACCAGAUUAUGACCAGUUACAUAUGGGUACGACAGUUCUGGUCAAAUACUCGCCUACGAUGGGACCCGUCGAAGUACGGAGGUCAGACAAGUGUAAACCUUUCCCCCCACCUCAUCUGGCUACCGGAUAUCGUCCUCUACAACAACAUAAACUCAAACACUAUUGGCGAGAUGUUCAAGUUCGACACCAAGGUUGUUCUUCAUAAUACGGGAGCCAUUGAAUGGUACGCUCCGACAUUGGUCAAAUCAAUCUGCAAAAUUGACAUCACCUACUUCCCUUUCGACAAACAGAAUUGUAGCUUGGUGUUUGGUUCCUGGACAUACACAAGCGAGUUCCUGUCCCUAGACAUCAAGCAGAAAGAGCCAGACCUGUCCAAGUACACUCCUAACGGACAGUGGGAGAUGAUGCACGUGGAGGUGAGGAGGAACGUGGUGAAGUACUCGUGCUGUUACUGGCCAUACAUUGACGUCACCUACACGGUCCAUAUUAGGCGGAGGCCGCUGUUCUUCGUGUUGAACCUCAUACUACCCUGCAUUUUGCUCGCCACUCUCUCCGUGUUCUCAUUCUCCCUACCUCCUGGGUCCGGUGAACGCAUCGCUCUCGUCAUCACCCUUCUCCUCGGUCUCACCGUCUACAUGCUCAUCUUCACAGAGAACAUACCCAAGACAUCUGAAGUCACGCCACUUAUCAAUAAAUUCUUCAACGUGGUUCUUUUCGAGGUUGCUGUAUGCCUACUUGCUACUUCAAUAACAUUACAGUUUUACCACUAUCAUGACCCGGGGCAGGACUUGCCAAAGUGGGUCAAGUUUGUGAUUUUUGAAUGCUUGGGGAAGAUGAUGCGGAUGAAGAUACGUAAGUUUACCAUAUAUGACUCGACGGAGGAGAACGGGAGGCCCGUGCAAGAGGAUGCUGACCCCGCUAGUAGCCCUAUACUGCCGAAAAUGAACCACAACAAGUGCAAACUUUGUAACAUUGCUCCUUUAUCCACCUAUAGAAUCGCAUUACCCAAAGACCCGUCUAGCGAGAAGCUGGAAGACAUACAGCAGAAGUUAACAGAUCUUCAUAAGAAAAUGACGUCGAAGACUUCGAAGAGGCAAAAGAAGGAGGCGUGGCAUUUCGCGGCUCUCGUAUUGGACAGGUUCUUCUGUUACAUCGCGGGGACCAGCUUCUUCAUCUCGUUAUUAUCUUUUUAUCUCAUGAUUCCAAGUACAUGAGGGAGGAAUAUGGCAUUGCUGUACAGAAUUCCAGCCACUAUGACAGUUGCGUGUCAAAAGAAGGAGUUUUUAGGGGGGUGGGGGGAUCCAAGGGCUCUGGACCUAUACAUAUGUUACAGGACGGGUUGUCAUAUUGUUUAGGUUAUAGUUACUGUCUUCUAGUAUUUCAUGUUUCUAUCAUGAAAAAAGGAAGUUAUUAAGUUUUGUUUAUCUUUUAAGGAUAAUUUGAAUUUUGUUUACAAUUGAUGGUUUCCUUAGUCUAGAUUUUAGCACGCCCGUGGACCCUCCGCUUCGAUGACCUUUUGUUGCGUCUAAAUCCUGGGAGAUUCCAAUUUCUUAUACGUGGCAGAAUCGUGGUUUCAGACAUUUUAUUUGCCGGCAAGUUAAACUCUUGAAUACAGAAAGAACGUAAAAAACCACUGAAAUGGAAUUGGCUUUAUAUCAAAUAGCUAGAAGAAUGAUUGUGUUGUGCGCUUUCUGUAUUUUAUGGGGGUUCAUAGACUUAGAUGGGUCUUGUGGUCUAUUUACUGAAUAGCAAAAAUAAUUCUAGAUAUGAGAGAUUGAUUGCCAUUUUGAAACCAGCCAGUAAAUAACUGUCCCUUUACCCCCUGCAUUCUUUUCUGGACACGUACUUGUAGACUUUAUGUGAAAACACUCACAGGCAAUAUGUAUAUGUAGAUAGUACAGUACCUUAUACUAAGUCUGUAUUUGGGGCUGAAGUCAACAAACAAAAAGUGGUCUUUUUUAUAGAAAUAUAUAAUUCCCGGGUAUGCGUCUAAUCAAUAAGAUUUAAUGUCGGAGAAAGAAGUGGAAAUGCGAAGAGUUUCUACUUUUCUUUUGAUUACUCACUGCCCAAAAUAAGCGCCUAAUAUUAAUAUUAUACCCGUAGUUUUUUUUUUUAGUUUUGUAUCUGUCAAGUAUGUUGGUUAUAUGUUACACUACCGGUAAUUCAACUUAACUGCUUAAAGAUUAUCGUCAUGGCGCUUAUUCGAGGAAUGUAUGUAUACAAGAACCGCAUGUACCACAAAACUGAGGGGCCUGAAUAUAAGAAAUAUAUGACAAUUUCUUGAAAAGUGGUGGGGCUUCAUCCCGACCAGCCCCUCUAGCUGGUCAUUUCAUUUCUUUUAAAGAGGGGUGUGGUGGGUUGGGUAGGCGGCCCCCAGUGCCCUUCCAUCCUGUUCUGCGUUGAAGGGGAUAUAUAUAUAUAUAUGUAACUUUUCGAAACAAUUGAUGAAUGGUAUUGUAGUAUUUUCUUUAAAAAUAAAUAAAUAGAAAUUAGUCUC